AUGAGGCGCUUAAAUAGGCUAAGCGGCUCCUACGAGGCCCUCAACGUCGGUCUCAUAGGUGAUGCGAUGGACGACAUAAUCGGGGGUCUGACGGAGUCCUACUGUCUCGCCCCUGGAGAGGACCAAGGCAUGCGACCCCCGCCUGACCUCGACGACAUUCUCAUCAAGGCCUUUGACAGGCGCAGUCUCAUAACGGCUCGCAUCAAGGCAAACAGGCUUGUUGAUGGGUGGCAGCCACUCAGUUUCUUUAAACGCGAAUCCGCUCUAUUUACCAAGCUUGAUACGAAGGGAAGUCCAUGCAGCGGAUUUGUGCUGCCCCAGGGUUUCGUACCGGGGCAGGCUUUUGGUCUGACCGAUUGUCGGAAGCUGCGCCUUACCGAUGUGGCGGGCUCACGACUGGUGCGGCUGGUGCGUCUUCGCAACCUCUGGCCUUCGGCACGCGUUGGCUGGGUGGGCGCCUGGUCUGAGAGCUCUUCUGAGUGGCUCUCUCUUCCUCCCGAGGACCGCAUCAAAGUUGGGCUAGUGAAGGGCGAAGGAGAAUUUUGGUACGCACCUCAUUCUCACCCUCCUUUCUCGUCUCUCAUUUCGUCCGCUUCUUUGCUGAACAUUUCAUUACUGAAAUUGUGUCCAUUGAACGGAAAUCUGGGCCGUCGUGUGCUCUGA